AUGAGCUCUCAGAUUCAUCAGAAUUAUUCCGCUGAAGAGGAGGAGGCCGUGUCACCCGUCUGGUUUAUCUGCAUCUGUGGGCCUCUUACACCUGCCUCUCUCUGGGCUUCUAUUUUGAUCACGGACUUGCAGAAGCCCUCCCAAGAUGAGUGGGGAAGAACCCUGGAUGCCAUGGAAGCCACCCUGGCCCUGGAGAAGAACCUGAACCAGUCUCUUCUGUAUCUGCUUGCUGUGGGUGCUACUCACACAGACACCCACCUCUAUGACUUUCUGGAGAACCAUUUCCUCGACAAGGAGGUGAAAAUUAUCAAGAAGAAGGACCACCACUUGACCAACCUCUGUAGGAUGGCCAGUCCCCAGGCAGGGCUGGGCAGAUACCUCUUCAAGAGGUGCACUCUCAAGCACAACUAG